AUGAGGCAUUUCAAGAGCACCCAUGAGAUAUCCUAUACAGACCUGGAUCAUGCACACGAGAACUCAGGUUCGCUUCAAAUGAGGCCGCCAAAUGAACUUGACGAGUCGGCUUCUUUCUUGGAGGCCCGCACACCCCCAUUCUGGGGACUUACAUGGGCCUUGGAAAUUCUGGCGUGUCUGGUGUCAAUCGCUAUCCUGGCUGCCAUCAUUGGGUUUCUCUCCCAUUAUGAAGGAUCACCACUUCCUGAGUGGCCCUACAUCACCCUCAACGCCGUGAUCUCGAUCUUGAGUACGGCCAUGAAAGCGGCCAUCGCUUUUAUCGCGACUCAGUGUCUCGCUCAGCUGAAGUGGCUGUGCCAUCUUGUCACGUUCGGCUGUUUAAUCCUCGUCCUCGCGGUCGCAACAGACCCAUUUGUGCAACAAGUUCUAUCCAUCCAGAUGCGCCCCGUGCAAGCUCCCGGGCUGUCUGCCUCAAUUCAAGUGUGCAACAGCAGCUAUAAGUAUUCAGACUUCGGACUGGGAGCCGGGCCGGGGAUGAACAAAGUCCCUCUCGCGAGCAUGGGUGCCAUCUAUUCCGGCAUCUUCAAAACCGAGCUCCCCAACAGCAACCAAAGCACUAUGGUGAGCUGUCCGACAGGUAACUGUACAUUCGUCCCUUAUCAAACCCUCGGCUUUUGUUCUCAAUGUGCCAAUAUCACCGAUGCUCUUAAAAUUUCAGGAAGCGAGCGGAUGUAUUCCUUCGCACUGCCAAAUGGCUUAACGCUCAGCUCCAACUCCAUCAUCAUGAAUGCCACUGUGGGUCUUGACAUGCUCCAGAUAAAUACCCCUGCUAAAGCUGCCAUUCUGAAGUUUACCGCCAUUAGUGCAGCGGGAGCCGCAGACCCGUCGAAAGCUAGUGCUGCUGAGUGUGUACUAUCGUUCUGCGUCCAAACAUACGAGGCGUCAGUGAGCCAGGGUGCCUUUGUGGAGAAUCUCAUUGCUUCGGAUACGCGGGUGACUGCCACCUCAGGAGAUCAGUACCGCCCAGACUAUGCCUUGACUCCGGAGACGUGCUAUUCCGACGGUACUCUCUACGAAAAGCCACUGGAGCAUCCCGAACGUUGCACCUACAAUGUGUGGGGGAUGAGUGUGAUGGCAUUGCAAAACUCCAUACGCCCGUUACUCAUGGGCAGUGGCUCUUUAUUUGCCAAUUACCGAUUGCAAUGGUCCACAGACACGCUGCAAGCGGUAUAUGGUACCUAUGGUAACUACACCGAGAUCCAGUCGGCAUUUGAAUCGCUCGGGUCUUCGCUCUCGACCAAUGCGCGGUCCCGUGUUUGCAAUUCGACUACCGCGGGCACCACAUGGACGAAUUCAUCAUAUGUUCAAGUGCGAUGGCAUUGGCUUAUUCUGCCGGGCUCCUUGGUGGUGUUCAGCCUUGUCCUCAUGGUGGCUACCAUUAUACGCACAAGAAAGCAACAUGUCUGGAAAUCAUCGCCGCUCGUAUUGCUCUUUUCGACCCUCGAGGUGGACGCAAUGGCUCCAUGGGAAAAUGGGGGCCCUACAUUGAAUGAGAUUGAUGCUGUGUCGAAAAAGAUGGAUUUGAGGCUGGAGCCCGAGCAGGACGGAGUCAAAUUCCGAGCCACACGGAUCUGA